UUCCUCUUUGCUUCGCUUGAGCUUCCGUGCCUCGCUCGCUCGCGAGGUGUGCUUACUCUCUUCUGCAUUGAGCGUUAGUCCCCCGGAAACAGUCUGCUUCUGCAUUGCCGGACCAGGACUAAUACUGAGUAGGCUAAUACUGGUGUCAGCUCGAGGAGCGACUUCAGGGCCACAGGAAACUGGAAUAGCAAGGUAUCGCUACGGGGAAGGUAUUCUAGCCAGUUUUUCUUUUCCUCAUCGGCACAGGCACUUGGAAACGCUUCCUCGAAACGGCUUCGCGAGAAGAUAAACCUGUGCAUGCCCCGUCGGUGGCCCGCGUGGUUAUGGUGACAGGCUAGCGUAACGCACCACCGCGAUUAUUCGAGUGCCUAUCAAUCGACAAACGCGCUCGAUUUUCCACAAUGGCGUGUCAACUACCAGGGAUCCCGGCCUUAGAGACGUCUCAAAGAAUCCCGACUUCCGAGAUGUCUCAAACCAUUCCACCCACCUCUCGCCUAAGACGGACGGGGCCGCCCUGCGGCCACCAGGUAUUAGGACUCGUCGACCCUUGGUGCUUGACACCGUCUGCUCACCGCGGCUUGAACCCACGUGCUUUCUCGUCGCCUCGGUAUUCCUUCCCAGUCUCGUGUCGAGCAUCGUCAGAGAAUAACGGCAAUCCCGCGUCCUUCUCGGCAGCGCAGACCAACGAGCUUAAGGCUCGGCCAAUCAGCCUCCUACCGUCGUCGAAGCAGCGUCAGCCAGUCGCCUCAGCCGCGGUGACGACCCCUUCGGAAAGCGAGCUGGCGGGAAGCUUCGCUCCCGCGCGUCGCGAAACGAGUCGACAGGCGAACGGCGCGGCGACGGCAGCGGCUGGAGCAGUGGGGGAGGAAAUACAAGGGGGGAGAGAAGCGGAAGGGGAAGAUGCGGAAUUGGAGCUGUCGGCUUUGGGUAGGCUGAGAGGAGCGCUUAAAGACAUGCCGGACCGGUACUGGGUCAUCUUUAGCACGUCGCUGGCGUUCGUGCUCUGCAACAUGGAUAAGGUGAACCUGAGCAUCGCGAUCAUCCCCAUGGCGCACGACUUCGGGUGGUCGGCGACGACGGUGGGCGUGGUGCAGUCGUCCUUCUACUGGGGCUACGCGCUCUCGCUGCUGCCCGCCGGCUGGCUCUGCCAAAAGUUCACGGGAACCCGCAUGCUGCGAGCAGGCGUGCUCAUCUGGUCCAUUGCCACUGCCGCCAUCCCUGCUGCUGCGUCCUUUCUCCCCUCGCUCCUCUUCUCUCGUGUUGCAGUCGGAUUCGGGGAGGGCGUUGCUCCUCCAGCAGCCACUGACAUUGUUGCCAGGUCUAUGCCAGCAGAGGAGCGGGCGCGCGGCAUUGCGUUUGUGUUCAACGGAUUCAACGUGGGAGGCGUGGUGGGCCUGCUAGCAGCGCCCGUGCUGAUCCAGCAGCUGGGGUGGCAGAGCAUGUUCUACAUCUUCGGCGUGCUGGGGAUCGUGUGGAGCAUCGCCUUCAACCCCAAGCCAUCCGACGCCCUGCCAGCCGACUUUGACGAGUCCGCAGCCAGCAGCACGAAUCAGGCGCUCUCUGUCUGCGUCUUUGAGGAGUGUCACGCACCGGGCGACAUAGUGAGUGAGGAUUUGAGGGAGAGCGAGGAAGAGAGGAGGCUGGUGGAGGAGGGGGGCGGGGGCGACCCGAGUGUGCCGUGGGGCGAGCUCCUGAGGAGCCGGGCGGUGCAGGCGGUGGUGUAUGCGCACUUCUGCAACAACUGGGGCCACCACAUCCUGCUGGCCUGGCUUCCCACUUACUACAGCAAGGAGCUUCACCUGGACAUCACUCAAGCGUCACUGCUGUCUCUCCUCCCGCCGCUUCUCUCCAUCGCCGUGUCAGCAGUGGUGGCGCCAGCAGCUGACAGACUCAUCUCACAGGGCACAGACGUCAGCCUGGUACGGAAACUAGCUCAGGGGAUGGCCUUCCUAGGUCCGGCAGCCUGCAUGGCAGUGGCCAGCUUUGGCCCGGACCACAACCUCCCAACCUGGUUGCUGGUGGCGUCUCUUUCUGCAGGCAUUGGCCUCUCUGCCUGCUCCUAUGCAGGCCUCUACUGCUCCCAUCAGGACAUCUCUCCCAAGCAUGCCAGUGUGCUGCUGGGAAUGUCAACGACAGUUGGGGCCAUUCCCGGCAUUGUGGGCGUGCCACUCACGGGCUAUCUAUUUGACCAGACGCAUUCGUGGGCGACCGCCAUGUUCCUCCCAUCCAUCGCGUUCUACAUCUCGGGAACCAUCAUGUGGUCUCUCUUCGCUGACUGCUCUCGGGCCAACUUCGGCGAGGACAAGGCAAAGCUGAAGGAGGCUUAGGGAGGGAGGGAGGGAGGGGAGGGAGGGAGGGAGGGAGGGGAGGGAUGCCUCAUGAGUCAUCACUCUUGACUCUCGAGACGUCUCCAAAUCCGCUGCUUGUGUGGAAGGAGGCGUACGAAGUACAGUUUAUCCUCCAGCACAGCAAAGGGGUUUGGCGUUUGGGGAUGCGUCAAAGCACACAGGGUGUUGCUCGAUACGCUACAGUUUUGCUGAAAGCCAGAAGGAUAACUGAUGCUGCGGUGUUUUGUAAAGUUUCCCACCAUUUGUUGCUUGCCAGAACUACUGCCUGCUGAGCUGCGACUCUGCAAGUGUUGUCAUGUCACACGCAACUGCCCUUGUUCUAACCUCCUUUUGUAAUUUUCAUUCCCUAAAAUAAUCAACUUCUUGUGUC